AAUGAGUCACCAACAAUGCUAGAGAAAGUAGUUAUGAGUCUGGUCAGGCUGCCAAUACUAGCAUUUAGAGGGCGUGUUAUAUAUAGUAGAACCAAGGACGAGGUUGAGAAAUCCGCAGCGGAGCUGCUCCAUGUUAUUGAAGAGAAGAGAAGACAAGAGGAAUCAGUUGCUCUCGGGUUUGAUACUGAAUGGAAACCUAGUUUUGUGAAAGGUGUUUCACCAGGGAAGGCUGCUGUUGUUCAGAUUUGCGGAGACAUGGACAAUUGUUAUGUUUUUCAUAUCUUUCAUUCUGGAAUCUCUCAGAGUCUACAAUUGCUUCUUGAGAACUCCACAACACCGAAGGUUGGAGUAGGCAUUGCAAUUGAUGCUAGCAAGGUUUUCAAAGAUCAUAAUGUACGUCUAAAAGGUUUGAAAGAUCUGUCUGCACUUGCAAACCAAAAGCUUCAUGGAGGUCCUAUAAAAUAGUUAGCAUCACUAACUGAAAAACUCCUUUACAAAAAGCUUCCCAAGGGGAACUAUCUCAGAUUGGGAAAUUGGGAGACUACAAUUUUAUCAAAAGAACAACUUAAUUAUGCUGCCACAGAUGCUUAUACUUCAUGGCAACUAUAUCAUGAACUAAAGAAGCUUCCUGAUGUUGAUAAAGAAAGCAAUUAGGGCAGAGAAUGACCUUAGCUUGCUACAACUUUGGUAGCAAUUAUUGCAUUAAUGAAAAAAAGUGGGAAAUAUCUUUUUGUGUUGUAGUGCAAUAUUCACACAUUCAAGUGCACUUGCUGAAGCAAUUGGGCUUAGGGACUAGGGAGGCUCUCAAAUGGCUGAAGAGCAUGUAUAAUGACAGGGUCCAAGUAUAAAUGGAUGCUCUAUUGGUGCUGCAAGGGUUAAACGACAGCGACAUAAACACUUCUUUUGACCUCAUCAUUAAUGAUAUUAAGAAACUAGCAUCUUACUUUAGUAUCUGCUUUACGUUUGCUAAGCGACAUGCUAAUACAACCGCCUAUUUGUUAGCAAGGGAAGCUGUUGCUAGAGCAGGUUGCAUGGAAUGGUUUUCCAUUCUUUUUAAUUAUCCUCUUGAUGUUGUGAACUUUGACAUGAAUUAAUGAAUUUAAAUGUUUCUCAAAAAAAAAA